UCGCUUUAUUGUUUUCCUCACCGUUGUACUUUGCUUUGGAUAAAAGUGUCUGCUAAAUACUUAGAUGUAAAUGUGAUGGUGUAAUAGACUGAACCAUUUAUGAACAAACAUUUAUAAUUCAUCAGUCCAGACUGCAUAACCUGAUUCUGUAAAACAACCAACAUGUGGGGGUCUUGUGGCUCUGGUUACAUUGUUUCCUAACCACAGAACAGUGUUUGACUCUACCAGGUUAGCAAAACAAUCUAACCUAUGCUAUUAAGUGGCACUUAACAGGGUUGGUAUCAGAAUUUUUUUGCCACCCAGGACUUCCUGAUGCCAAGGCUGCUGCAGACGGGAUACGGAUCACGGAAGAACUUUCAGACCACAACUCCUUCUACCUCCUUUUUACCUCCAGUCAGACACAUAUCGGUCCAGUUUCCAGAUGGUCAGACAGCACAUGGAGAGUUUAUGCAGGGGCCCCAGAGAGACUGUACGGCACGUGUUUCCUCUGCAGUGUGUACACUGCCACCUGCCGGCUGGCUUCUGAAACCACGAACACACAUAAACACCCGAGGAGUAGGACACAGCUGCUUCCAUGUGGUGAAUCCCUAUAAAGUUGGACACUAUAUAAUCCACCCAGAGUUCCUGUCAGAAGCAAUGCAGUACUAAAAUCACCAUGUAUUUUUUUUACUUAAUUUAUCUUUUAACGGAUUUCAAGUGUAUUAGUUGUGAGAUCUUGUCAU